GCUGUUAUUUGAAUUUCAUUUGGAUCUUCCUGUGUUGACGUGUGGUUUGUGUACUUCGGUUUUGCAGUACUUUAUUAAUCUGAGUUCGGGAAUAGUUUUCAACACCAAAGUCUUUCACAGUCUGUCUACAGUAUUAUUCCUCUUGUGGUCUUGACCUCUGUAUUGGAGGCCAUGCAUCAUGGUUCACCUACCAGACGGCGAAAGGGCAGACUCCCUCAGCGUCGUCCCCCGCUGCCACCCCCAGGGACCUCUGUUUCGACACCCCGGUCACCAAGAAGAAGUGGAGUUUCAAGGCCGCCUCCAGGAACUCCCAAGAAGAGAAGAUUCCGACCAGGGACCAAGGCCUUAAUGGAGAUCCGCAAGUAUCAGAAGAGCACCGAUCUUCUGCUCAGGAAGGCACCCUUCUCUCGCCUGGUUCGUGAGGUGUGCCAGAGUUUUUCUAGAGAUGCUCUACGUUGGCAGGUCUACGCUCUUCUGGCCCUGCAGGAGGCUGCAGAGGCAUUUCUCGUCAUGUUAUUCUCAGAUGCCAACUUGUGUGCUAUCCAUGCCAAGCGGGUCACUUUGUUUCCUCGCGACAUUCAGCUGGCCAGGAGGAUCCGCGGGGUGGAAAACAUGUAAAUAACCUGUACAGAGUGGACAAGAGAAUAGCAGCAACAGGAAGGAAGCACUCAUGUUCUUUUCACUUCAGACUGUUUUUAUACUUUCAUAACAUGUUUAAUCUGUUCAGAAAAUGCUAUACCUGCUUUUAAUCUAUUUCUAAUGAUGUGCUAUAUUUUUUGGAAAUUGGAUUUUAAUUUCCUGAAGGAAAAAAAAAGUCUUAACAUUUACCAAUUCUGCAAUAAGCUCAAAUUCAAGUACAGUGAAUUUACUUCAUCUCCAUUAGGUUGGGUGUUACCAAGAAAAGAAAUUGUCAGAAAAUAAUUCUUAUCAACCAGACAUAAUUUGGUUUACACUGUACUGUCCUUUUACUUUGUGGAAUAGAUUUGCUGGAUUACUGUGAUUA